AUGCAACUCUCGAUAAUUGUUCUUGGCUCGUUUCUUGCUAUUAUUCUGGUUUGCAACAGCUAUGGUGCAGAUCUCGCUAAAGAUCAUCCACUAAAACGUUGUGGAUUGGCUCUUUCUGAAGGGAAUCUCCAGGAUUGUGUUAGUGAAGUUGUCAACCGUUUCCAUGAGCAUCAAGAUUGGUCCAAUGCAAAGCGGUUGACUCAUUGUGGAACUGUAUGCCAAUACGAACAAAAAGGACGAUUCUUGGGAUGGGAAUGGGUAUGGGAUACACGGAUUCGAUGCGAGUCGAAGGCACCAGGAAUCGUAGGUGAAGCAACGAAGAAGAGUCGAAAUGGCGCGAAGCAUUGGGCCCUCGUAGAUUUGUACACUAAAGCUAAACCAACGGGUCGAUUUAGUGCCGAGGACAUGGAAUGCUGGGAAAAGAAGAAGAACAACUAA